AUGUCCUGGCGACCUAUCACACUUCCAGCGAUGAAGGCGCGGCCGGCAGCCCGCAGGAAGCCACGGGGCUGCGGUGGUAGUGCCAUCGAUCGCUGUUUAGUUCAGCUCAAGCGAAUGGUCCCCACCGUCCGUGGGCAUGCUAGAAUCAAGAAGCUGGAGCUGCUGCAACACGUAAUCGAUUAUAUACAGGACUUGGAAUUAACACUUGCCGAAGAUCACCUUAGAAUGUCCUCCGUGUCCAACUCCUCUCCCUCGACUCAGCGGAAUGUGCUGGCCUCGCAAUCGAUCGCGACAGCGCCGUCUCCCCCUGUGCAUGCUGAACGCCUUUGGCCCGACGCUUCCAUUGUGGGAUUCAUUCAUGCACGUGACAUUGCUGGCUUGUGGACCGAACCUAGCAGUCGUUUGCCACUCCAAUUGAGGAGGCAUUAUGCUCAUCAGCAUGAUGCUUAA